GAGAGAGAGAGAGAGAGAGAGAGAGAGAGAGAGAAGGAGAGAGAUAAGUGGAGAAACCUAGAGAAGGACAGAAAAUACCGUGUGAGACGUUGAAACGGGUAUAAGGCAACGUGAAGAGCACGACUGCACUGGCAAGAAGCGAGCGUACAGACCGUCGAACAGACGAGGCACGCCGGGUAUACGGCAAGUGAGGAAGCGAGAGGUGCCCGAAGCUCAAGUGAGGCAAGUGAGCACGAGGUAUAGCCGAGAGCGAAGAUCGGAGCGAGAGGCGAACCGAGGGAGAAAGAGACCCAUUCAUCUUGGCGCGCCUAGCACGGCUGCGAUUGGUCCACCUCUGGUAAGGCUGCCCCAGGAUUGGACGACUCUGUUUACCAGCUGGUACCCCGGCGCGCUCCAGACUCGCGGAAGGAGAGGGGGGAACAGAACGGAGAGACAAGCGGCGCCAUUAUUGUAAGGGGUUACAUUUAGCUGGCCGUGGGUUGUAGUACGCGGCGUUCGGGAUAGGGGGCUAUAGUACCUUCAUGCAUGGCCCAUAAAGGAUUCGUCGACUAUCCGAGAAGUACGCAAGAAACGGCUUCUAACACCUGACAGGGGCCACGCUCUUCUCUUCUCUCUCCUCGUGCCGUCGCCGGGUUCACCGUCGCCCAAUUUCCGAGCUGGGACCACCAUUGGGUGGGCCCGGCGAGAAGAAGGACUCGCCGCAUUAUCAUCGAUUCUUAUAUUGAUACUCGGAUGGAUUCAUAAUCGGAAGCGGCGUGAUUACGUCGAGAGAGAGAGAGAGAGAGAGAGAGAGAGAGAAAGAGAGAGAAAGAUAGAUAGAUAGAGAGAGAAAGAGAGAGAGAGAGAGAGAGAGAGAGAGAGAGAGAGAGGGAGCGCAUCAGAAUCAAAUUCGCGAACGCGAAGAUCCCGAACGCGUGGUACCGAACGAGAGUCCCGUGAACGAGAGAGGAGGGACAUGCCAUCAUUUGCCAUCGCGGACGGUCGGUGAUUCGUGGUCAGUCGUCCCCGGUGACCGCAUCCCGCCGCGCGCGUUUGGUAUUGUUGUUGUGAUAAUGUGCUGAGUUGCGUAAGUGGCAGUAAAAGUGGACGUUGAUUGCUGAUAGGGGAAGCGAUAGUGGAUCCCGGAAAGCAAUAAAGCACAAGCGGAAAGGAUUUCCAGCGGGGAAGACGACAGAGCAGGGAAGUGCGCGCGUUUAUCGAGAGAAGAGAGUGUUUUCUCUCGCUGAUCCGCGUGCGAGAGACGGAUUACGCGCGCGAUGAGGCAGCAACAGCAGCAGCAACAGCAGCAGGAGCAGCAGCAGCAGCAGCAGCAGCACCAGCCUGCGGUGGACGCGUCGCCACGGUGUCGGUGUUGAGACACUCGUCCCGGUCGUCCAGCCCGGGCGUGUCUUCGGCAUCGGGUCCACAUCGGCACCGACAGGCGAUAUGAGUACGAAAUUCAUAAUUGAUAGUAUGCUACCAGCUAAGUACCAACAAUUUCACCCUCAACAGUUGUUCUCAAGCGCGACUCCAGGUACCAUUCAGGCGUGUACGACGAGUCCGGCUACCGCGAGCCUAGAAUCGAGUCUAUCCGCGGCUGCAGUUGCGGCCGCGGCAGUCAAUUACGCUCAGCAGCACAAUUCACCGAGCCCGACGGGUUCGAGUCCCCAGCACUCGGGAAGUUCCGCUUCCACUUCACCGGCGGCACGUACCACAUCCAGCAUGUAUCCGUACGUAUCCGCCGCAGCAGCGCAUCAUCAUCAUCAGCAGCAGCAAGCGGUCGCGGCCGCCGCGUUCGGCGCAACGGCGUCGAGCAUGGUGCCAGGUUUCGGCUCCACGGCCUCCAGCGCUGCCCUGGCCGCCGCCGCCGCCGUGGACGCCGCGACGGCCGGCGACAAAUCCUGCCGUUACACAGCUAGUCUCACCGGUAAUGUGACACCUGCGUCGGCUGACCCUAUGGUUAACUAUACCCUAGGCCACCAUCAUCAGAACGGCGCUACCCCAGGUAGCCUCGUUUCAUCCGCCUCAGCGUCCUCGGCCGUCUCGGCCGCUUCGGCCUCCAUGGCAGCGGCGGCACAGUUCUACCAUCAAGCGGCUGCCGCAUCGGCCGUUGUCGAUCCUUUGACGUCCUGCCAACAACCCACCACCGGUCAACCUGGCAUCUCGGACAUACCUCGGUAUCCAUGGAUGUCGAUUACCGAUUGGAUGAGUCCAUUUGACAGAGUGGUGUGCGGUCCGAAUGGCUGUCCGAGGCGUAGAGGUCGACAAACGUACACACGGUUCCAAACAUUGGAAUUAGAAAAAGAAUUUCACUUUAAUCAUUAUCUGACGCGACGACGACGAAUAGAGAUCGCUCAUGCACUCUGCCUAACGGAACGACAGAUCAAGAUCUGGUUCCAGAAUCGGCGAAUGAAGCUGAAAAAGGAGCUAAGGGCGGUCAAAGAGAUCAAUGAGCAAGCCAGACGCGAGCGCGAGGAGCAAGAUAUGAUGAAGAAGCAGCAGGCGGAGAAGCAGGCCAAGUUGCAGCAGGAGCAGCAGAGCGCCGCCCUUCAGCAUCAGCAGCAGCAUCACGUAAGCGGCCUGGAAAAAACGCAAAGCGAUCUUCUGAAGGCAGUCAGUAAGGUACCCACAUAGGAUACCUUACUGAGCCGACUCUCUUUCUUUUAAGGAAGACACAAGAGACUGGAGCGGCCUGGACGAAGACUCCGAAGCGAAGUAGUUGGUAAGGUCGAUCACGUAGAAGAUCCUGAGUUUUCUUCCUCUCAUCUUCGCACGCGAGAAACAGGUACGAAACAUCUGAUGCAAAGAUUUUUGCGAUCUUCCUCAAGUCGGUGAGCCAGUGCUUGCAAGUUGAAGACCUUGUGGAUGCGGUCAUCGGUCUUUUUUUUUUGUCAAGUGGGAAGAUAGCGAGAAUUUAAGAAGCCUGGAAGAUACAGACCGCGAUCUUUUCUGGACGACUGAAAAAAGGUACGACGAAUGCCUUGCUGAGUCGGUUCUCUCUUUCGUUUUUUUUUUUUUUUUUUUAAAGCAAGAAAGAAAACUAAGUAGAUGUUACUAUAGUAAAAACUCGAAGCAUAGAAAAUGAACGCACCCCACCCCAGCUACGUACUUACUUGGCUAGUCCCCGAAGGGCGACAUGCGAAACCGCCUCGCACGGGGGCUCAGCCUGUGACUGAUUCCUAGAACGUAUAAUGUAUAUUGUUAAUCGGGUGCUACACAAUGAGCCAUCGCGAUUAUCAAGCGAUGAACGUACGAAUUGGCGCGAUACUGCCAUGGAGAGCCAAUAAUUACGUCAAGGCGGUGAGUAGACUAGUUAAAUGGGCCGAAAUUGAGGAAUUAACGGUUGUACGGGCCGAGAGAAACAUUAACGACGACAUUUCGAUUAAUUGAUCGAACCCCAAGGGAAGGAAGUAAUUAAAUCAAACUGCACACACGAGCGAACACCGGCAUCCAAUUGGACAAAAACCAGCGAGCGAGAUAAGAGUUUAGCUAAUCUUCGAUUCAUCACUUACCUUGUACAUGCGAAUUUUCGUUGAUUAGCUAAAUCUCCCUUGUACGAUGUAUCAAUCGUUCCGAAGGAAGAUAUACGGUGACGCGCUUACGAAAAAAAAGAGAAAAAAAACGGUUUCAUCAUUUUCGAUGUGGAAAUGUUUUAUCUUCAACGUCACGCGAACGCUUCCUUCGUACGAUCAUUACGCGAAAUUACAAGAGGCAUAAAAUUAGCGACGUUUUUGUUGGAACAACGAACGUGUCUCUCGCGCGAUUGCGGACUUCCUUAUAACUCUGGUAUUCCUUUUAAAUAUCGGUCUACAAUUAAAAAUAUGGGCGUACAAAACUAUUUUUCCCUACGUUGCUUUUUUCGAUGAAAAAUAAUUAAUGUAUCCCUUUCUAUUAGAAAGCCCUUAUGAAGCCCUUUCUAUUAGAAGCAAAAAUAAUUCGAUAUUUGCGCGUUUACUUUUUGAACGGAUUAGAUUUAGCUAAAUGUUAUUUAUGUCAAUUUUGUAUUAAAAUUUAUGUAAUUAAAUUAGUAAUUAGCCAUCGAAAUAAAUUAGAUAUUUUAAUUAGUUGAGGGUAACCAAGUUUUAUCUACAUAUGGGUUUUAUAAAGAAAAAUUACAUCUUGCAUGAAGAAAUAGAUUUGUUUUACAAGUUAUGUGGUAAUGUAUGCCAUAAAAUAACUUUUUCUUUGAAAACAAAACUCAUUUGGUACGCUCGAUUCCGCACAAAGAAAAACCUAUACUCACGGAUAUAGGAAAAACAUACUUUCUAUUCCGACACGUCAACUUAGACAGAUCGCAAAAAAUAAAACUUUUCGUUAAUAAAAUAUAGUAAAUUAUUUUAGACACAAUAAAAAUUUAGGGUAUUUAUUUUUUUACCAGCGUGAGUAAAAGUAGUAUCCUAUCGUGAGCAAUAAAGCAUCGUUGAAUUCGCGAUUUUCGAAGUAUAAAUAAUGUUGUAAUGGAAAGACAUAAACGAUAUUCAGACAUUGAGGAAUGAGGAAACGUGCCGUGAGUAUAUAAACAUUGAUUUUCUCAAGAAUAUAUCUUUCUGAAUGUUGUUUCUCGAAAGCGUGAUAUAGAUCGUAUAAAUAACUGUACAAUAUGCUUGGCAACCACAUUUUGUCAAGACUCUGACAAAUAGUAAUUGUCUCGAUUAUCCUGCCGUGUCGAUAAACGAAAUAAAAUUACACACACAUACACAAGUGCACAUAAUAUACAGUUAAUCUACUUAUAAUUCGCGAGAGCGCUUUAAUCAUUGACCUAAAAUAUAUCAUGCUAAAUUUCAUACACAUAAUUUGUUUAUAACGCUCAAUCUAGGUUAUUAUAAUUUGCACAUUUUUUAAUUAUUCUUUUCUGCCGUAUAUUGGAGAUUAUAGACAAACGUAAAUGCUUACGAAUAUGCACAUUAAUUUUGAUGAAAAUGAGGAACAAACGCGGGAGAAAGUAUGCUAAAUAUGGAUACACGCUCGUAUAUACGUACGAGAAACACGAGCCACAUUACCGGACGAGUAUCUCACUCUUAGUACAUUAAAUACGUAAUUUGGUGUCAGGGUAGACUUUUCCAUAGAUAUAUAGAACCCGUUGUUGGUAUUACUUACUUAGAGUUCGUAAAAAAAAGAAAGAGAUAAACAUGAAAGAAAUAACCGAUAAAUAAAUUAUUGCCUAAUUAUUUUUUUCUCCACCCUAGUUAGUGCGAUCAAUGCAUGGAUCUUGAUUCCUUAUCACAGAAAUCUUGAUCGAUUUUUAAUUAAUAUAGCUUUCUACUCUUAAUUUAGUAACUAAUACAAAAUCGAAAAUGAACAUAUUGUUGUUGAAUGCUGAACAACACGAUAUAUUUUAUUCUUUAAUCAUUUUUAUUGAUUUCAUAAUUAUUAAAUAUAUAAAAGAGAAUAAAUGAAUAUAUUUGUUAAAGGGAUAAAAUUUUAAUCUGAAGAUAUGCUUACAUUUUUAGAUUAAAUUUUAUCAAUUAAUAUAUUUAUGAAAUAGAAAAUACGUAAAAUCCGACAAGAGUCACACGUUUUUGGAUUAAAAUCAGGAUCUUAUUGCAUGGAUCGCCUAAUAACUAUAAUGACGUAAAAUAUAUUGUACACAAUACCAUAUUAUAUAUUAUUAAAAAUAAUAAGUAUAUAUUAUAUAUACAUAUAUAUAUAUAUAUGGACAAAAGAGAAAAUGAAAAUCUGUUGUAUCGCGCAUCAAGGUAGAAUUUUUUUCUGAUGCGAUAAGAUCUUAGGAUACAUUUAAACAAGUACGUAAAAUGAGGGGAAAAAUACCUUGUUAAUCUAAUUGAA